AUGGUGUUGCGGUCAACACCGACAGCUCUGAAAGCUGCCCCCAUGGUCCUUCCUUUCCGGCAGAUCUUCAACACCUUCCUGUAUCGGGCCACCACCUCCUCAGGAUCUCGAUUACGGGCCAUUUCUCCAGACUACGUGCUGGAGGUCAGCGCCCUCAGCAGACCGCUGCAUCUUGGUGUGCUCUACAACGCCCAGAAAGACCAACUCAUACCAGGAAAUCUUUGGAAGACGGAGGACAUGAUGAGCAAAACAUGUGACAGUCCACAUUCCAACAAAAGUUUCCAGGUGGCGAUGUCUGAGUCCUUCAGUGAGAAGACCAGCCUGUUGGAUGUGAGCGACUCAGUGAAGGCCAGCUUCCUCUGUGGGCUGGUGGAGGUGGAGGGGUCUGCCAAGUACCUCAACAACAAGACCACCUCCACCCACCAGUGCCAAGCCACCCUGAGAUACAAUGUGACCACAGAGCUUAAACAGCUCAUGAUAUCAGAACUAGAGCCUCCAAAUCCGGAGUUGCUUGAAAAGGCUGAAAAGAGAAAUGCCACACAUGUUGUGAUUGGGGUGCUCUACGGGGCUGAUGCACUCAUGGAAUUCCAUGAAAUGGCCAGCGAUGAUUCAAGUAAGAAGGAAAUUCAUGUAAACCUGACUGUGAUGCUCAAUAAACUCCCAUCAUAUGAGAUCAACGCAGAUGGAAGCGUAAAAAUGGAUGAUGAAGACAAGAAAAAGGUGAAGAACUUCAAAUGCACGUUCUUUGGUGAUUUUCUUCUGAAAGAACCCCCUUCUACAUACGAGGAGGCUGUGAAGGUGUACAAAAAGCUGCCCAGUCUGCUGGGGGAGAAAGGAGAGAAUGCUGUGCCUGUGAAGGUCUGGUUGUUUCCACUGAGCAAGCUUACCGGCACUGAGUCCAAACUGAAGAGAAUGAUCUCAGAGACACUGGUGUCUCAGGUAGAGAAGGUGAUGGAUGAGUUCCACCAGGCUGAGAUGAGAACCAACGACCUGCUGAAGAGUAGCAAAGAGAUCAAGGCUGAAGACAUCGUUCACAAACUGGAGACGUUCCAAAGCAGUCUGAGGGAUUUCACCGCUCAGUUCCAACGGAAAAUAGCAGACCUAAUCCCGGCCAUCAGAGGAGGCAACAUGGAGGAAACGGCCCUGAAAGACCUCCUGAAGUCCCAGGAUGCAUCUGGCUUCAGUGGGAAAGAAAUGGAGCAGUGGCUGGAUGAAAAGGAGACUGAGAUCAAGAUUGUCACACAGACCAUCGAGGAAUUGAACGAAAUAACAAAUCACAAGAUUAUAUAUCCAGGCCAUGAUCUUGACAUUUUGCUCAUGAACCCAGUUUCAAGAUAUAACGCUGUUUUCAGCUUCACCUCUCUGAAUUACGUGGAGCCAUACCUGAAAAAAAUAUCAAAUGCAGUUCAGCUGCCUGAGAGAACAGACCUCAGCACACCUGAGCAGGACCCUAGAGAGGCGUUUCCCUGGUACCUUGGUUCCCUGAGACCAAAAUUCUUUAAGGACUCCCUCAGUCUCUUAAAGAGCAACAUCAGCACACCUGAGCAGGACCCGAUAGAGGAGGUUCCCUGGUACAAGAGACCAAAUGCCUGGGAGAACCAGAAACUCGCAGUCCAGGUCUUUGGCGAAAUAGACCUCGAGCAAGAUCACAAAGUGAUCAGUUACAUUCCACACGCAGGUGUCACAGGAGCUACAGUCUACGGGUAUCUCCAAGGACACCAGAUCCAUUCAUUUGCCUGUAAGGUCACACUGGACCCAAGCACGGCGCACCUAAAUCUCUCUCUGACUCAGAAUGACUCGCAAGUGGGAUACUCUCGGGAAACGCAGCCAUGGGAUGACUACCCAACGAGAUUUGAUAGUUGGUGGCAGGUGCUGUCUAAAGAGCCUCUGAUUGAACGCUGCUACUGGAUAGUUAAUUGGACAGCGAAGUGUUUUAUUGGUGUGGCCUAUGAAAGCAUGGAAAGGAAGGGAAAGGGAUAUGAUUCCGUACUUGGCGGGAAUGAAAAGUCCUGGUGUGUGGAGCAGGACAAUGGCAGUUACAGCGUCUGGUACAAUAAUUCUAAUUAUACUGAUAGCAUCUCUGUCUCCAAUACUGACUCAGUGGCAGUGUAUCUGGACCGCAAAGCCGGCAAACUGUCCUUCUACGGCCUCAACUCUAACACACACACACUCACACUCCUGCACACCUUCAACAUCAAAUUCACUAAUGAGGUCCUUUAUGCAGGGUUUACACUUGGGAGUGAAGACUCCUUCAUGUCUGUGGCAUAUAUACCAUACUGA